AUGUAAUAGUUAUUUUGGAAGAAAAUUGAAAUCGACAACAGUAAGUGAUUAAUUCAAAUUUAUUAGAGAAACAUGGUCGUCCACCAAAGUUAGAAGAAUGUGUCAAUUUAGUAUAUUUGAUUGAUCAGAAUCGGUAUUUAUACUUUGGAGGCAAGAACCCAUUUAAUAUUAAAGAUUUGUAAUAGGAAGGUAUGCAAUUGAAAUUAAAAGAUAGAGAAAUAGCCAUCUCCUCCAAAAAGUGAUGGAAUAUCUUUUAAAAUAGGGGCUCCAAAGUAGGCAAGAGUGAGUAGUCCAUUUAGUAAUUAAGAAUGCUAAGAUUAUGUAUACAUAUUGGAUCCAGCUACAUAUUAAUGGAGUAUCAAGAAAUGUACAGGGAAACCUCCAACUAGAAGAACAAGUGCAUAAGUAUGGUAUGAAGCACCAUUGUUAUAUGUAUAUGGAGGGAUCACAUAUGAAAAUAAAACUGUUAGUGAUUUGUACAUAUUGAAUACAGAGAAGUUUAUAUGGAAACGAUUUUUUUAUUUGGAAGGUCCUCCAGGAAGAUUGCAUUUUGGAUUCUCAACUUAAGGAAUUAAAAAAUAUUUAAUGGGUGGAGCAAGUAUGCCAGAAAAUUUAUUAAUGGAUGAUGUAUGGCAAUUGUCUGUAAGCAGUAUUUGUAAAUAAAUUAGUUUGAAAAUGUGGCAUGGGAAACUUAAUCUUUGGAGUUGCCAGGUAUCACAUGGGAAAAACUUCCAUUUGAUGAUAUGCCAGCUAUAAAAGCACACACAAUGAUAUAGGUAUCAGAUAAAGAAUUACUUGUGUAUGGAGGAUUUAAUAAAUAAAAAUAAUGUUAGGAUCGUUGUCUUCUAUUAGAUAUUGAGACAUAUGAUAUAAGUUAGUUAGAAUUAAAAGGAUAAUCACCUGGUUAGAGAGCAUUUCAUGUAAAACUAAAUUAUACUUUAAGGAAUUAUUAGUUGUUAAGGAGAAUUUGCUGUGUUUAUUUGGAGGAUAUAAUGUAAAUGAAAAUUAGUUAAAGAAUUCAGAACCAUUAAAUGAUUUAUACCUAUUAAAUUUAAAUGAAGGGUAUUGGUCUAAACCUAUAGCUGGUGGCUAUAUUCCAACUCCUAGAUUUGGUUAUGUUAUGUCAUGUAAUCAAAAUGAAGUCCAUGGUGAAAUCAUGUUAUUGGGAGGACGAAUGAAUGAUGGAACUGUUGAUUAAUGUAUAUAUGUGUUGUAUGAAUUGGAUAUGGAGGCAAAAGAUGCUUGGGAUGAGAAGGAUGAGAAGGAAAAGAAUAAAUAUGAUACAUAUAGAGAAUUAAAGAAGGAGAACAAAAAUAUUACUGUUCCAACUUUGACUUUAGUAUUUGAUGAAGCUGAAAAAAUCAUUUUAGAAUAAAAGAGAACAAUUGGUGAAAAAGAAAAAGAUUUGAAAUAAUUGUAACAGAAUUCUCUGUCACUUGAAUAAAGGGCUGAGAAAUUGCAAGAACAAAUUGAUGUUGGAAAAUUNUGAAAGUGUUUGGUUUAGUUCAUUAAUUUAUGUAAUAGUUAUUUUGGAAGAAAAUUGAAAUCGACAACAGUAAGUGAUUAAUUCAAAUUUAUUAGAGAAACAUGGUCGUCCACCAAAGUUAGAAGAAUGUGUCAAUUUAGUAUAUUUGAUUGAUCAGAAUCGGUAUUUAUACUUUGGAGGCAAGAACCCAUUUAAUAUUAAAGAUUUGUAAUAGGAAGGUAUGCAAUUGAAAUUAAAAGAUAGAGAAAUAGCCAUCUCCUCCAAAAAGUGAUGGAAUAUCUUUUAAAAUAGGGGCUCCAAAGUAGGCAAGAGUGAGUAGUCCAUUUAGUAAUUAAGAAUGCUAAGAUUAUGUAUACAUAUUGGAUCCAGCUACAUAUUAAUGGAGUAUCAAGAAAUGUACAGGGAAACCUCCAACUAGAAGAACAAGUGCAUAAGUAUGGUAUGAAGCACCAUUGUUAUAUGUAUAUGGAGGGAUCACAUAUGAAAAUAAAACUGUUAGUGAUUUGUACAUAUUGAAUACAGAGAAGUUUAUAUGGAAACGAUUUUUUUAUUUGGAAGGUCCUCCAGGAAGAUUGCAUUUUGGAUUCUCAACUUAAGGAAUUAAAAAAUAUUUAAUGGGUGGAGCAAGUAUGCCAGAAAAUUUAUUAAUGGAUGAUGUAUGGCAAUUGUCUGUAAGCAGUAUUUGUAAAUAAAUUAGUUUGAAAAUGUGGCAUGGGAAACUUAAUCUUUGGAGUUGCCAGGUAUCACAUGGGAAAAACUUCCAUUUGAUGAUAUGCCAGCUAUAAAAGCACACACAAUGAUAUAGGUAUCAGAUAAAGAAUUACUUGUGUAUGGAGGAUUUAAUAAAUAAAAAUAAUGUUAGGAUCGUUGUCUUCUAUUAGAUAUUGAGACAUAUGAUAUAAGUUAGUUAGAAUUAAAAGGAUAAUCACCUGGUUAGAGAGCAUUUCAUGUAAAACUAAAUUAUACUUUAAGGAAUUAUUAGUUGUUAAGGAGAAUUUGCUGUGUUUAUUUGGAGGAUAUAAUGUAAAUGAAAAUUAGUUAAAGAAUUCAGAACCAUUAAAUGAUUUAUACCUAUUAAAUUUAAAUGAAGGGUAUUGGUCUAAACCUAUAGCUGGUGGCUAUAUUCCAACUCCUAGAUUUGGUUAUGUUAUGUCAUGUAAUCAAAAUGAAGUCCAUGGUGAAAUCAUGUUAUUGGGAGGACGAAUGAAUGAUGGAACUGUUGAUUAAUGUAUAUAUGUGUUGUAUGAAUUGGAUAUGGAGGCAAAAGAUGCUUGGGAUGAGAAGGAUGAGAAGGAAAAGAAUAAAUAUGAUACAUAUAGAGAAUUAAAGAAGGAGAACAAAAAUAUUACUGUUCCAACUUUGACUUUAGUAUUUGAUGAAGCUGAAAAAAUCAUUUUAGAAUAAAAGAGAACAAUUGGUGAAAAAGAAAAAGAUUUGAAAUAAUUGUAACAGAAUUCUCUGUCACUUGAAUAAAGGGCUGAGAAAUUGCAAGAACAAAUUGAUGUUGGAAAAUUAAAAAUGGAUUAAGAUCUUGAAAAUACAAGAAUUGAAAUAACAGAACUCAAUCAGAAGGCUGAUCAAAGUCAAUCAACAAUAGAUAAGAUAUUAUAAUUGUUGGCAUUCGAAAGGAAAAAAAGGAAACUUAUGUAUAGGAAGGCUUUGGCUUUGGAAGAUCUUUAUAGAAAAACAUCUUUAUAUAUUUUUGAAAUGGAUAAAGUAUUUGUUAAGGGAUAGAGUGAGAAUCUACUUGAAACAUCUAUCAAUGAAGACAUUCUCAAUCUAAUUGAUUAGAGAAAGCAAGAAUAUAAAAAUAUUCUGAUUUCUUUUCAUAAGUCUUUUGAAGAAAGAUACAAACAAGAAAUGUAAGUGAGACAGUAAAUCAGAAGCAAUAAAGACAUUCUCAAAUAAUUCCAUAAUAUCAAUGAAGUGUAUAAAAAGACUCUUCUCAAAGAAGAUAGAGAAUACUUAGACAAGAAAAUAUGA